AUGAAUAUUGUAUCCGAGCACGGUUUCCGUCUUGAUGGCAGGCGCCCACAUCAAAUUCGUAAUAUCAGUGUCGCGCUUGGCACUAUACGAGAUGCAGAGGGUUCAGCCUAUUUUGAGCAAGGAGGCACGAAGAUCUUGUGCGCUGUCUACGGUCCGUUUGAAGGUAAGAGAUCGCGUCAGUUAGAAGAUCGCUGCUCCAUCAACUGUAUAUUUAGGCAAGUUUUUUUUUCACAAUUUAUGGUGGCUUCUUUAAGCGGAAACCGUAUGACCCGAUUCGCUGGCGUUGAACGUCGGCAACGAAUUCGUGCCGAUCGCAAAUCCAUGGAAAUCGAGCGUCUCAUUGAGAAGACAUUUGAGGCCGCAGUUCUCACACAUUUGUUCCCAACGUCGCAGAUCGAUGGUUCUCAUCUGGCUGCUUGUGUUAAUGCGGCUUCUUUGGCCAUGUCGGAUGCUGGUAUUCCAAUGAAAGGGAUUGUUGCGGCAGCCACGUGCAGUAUAGUGGAUGGUCAGCCAGUUGUUGAUGUCAAUCAGAGAGAGGAAACGGAUCUUCUACCCCGGCUUACGCUCGCCACUUUGAGAGGUGAAGAUGAAGUGGUCUUGGUAGAAUUACAAAACCGUGUCCACAUCGAUCAUCUUCCGGCACUAAUGGCUGCUGCAAAAGAUACUUGCAAGGGCGUGCAUGAAUGCAUUUGUGCGGCUGUGGUUGAUCAACUCGAGAAUGGCGCAUUUCUUCUUCGAUAG